AUGUGUGGACCUUGCAACCCCGAGUCCAAUGGCCAGGCCAAUGGCACUAGCAACGGCAAUGGCUCUGCUGCUGCCACGGCAAAUCACGAGGGCUUCACCAGCGUCAGGUCGUCGCAUAACCCUCACCCCUCGCACAAGAGCCCCUACCAGCCCGUAGGCGACUUCUUGUCCAAUGUCAGCCGCUUCAAGAUUAUCGAGAGCACACUACGAGAAGGCGAGCAAUUUGCCAACGCCUACUUUGACACAGAGGCCAAGAUCAAGAUCGCACGAGCACUCGAUGAUUUUGACUCGACGCUGACCACUGGCUCCGUAGAUAUCGAGGUGACCAGUCCCGCUGCAUCCGAACAGUCAAGAAAGGACUGUGAAGCCAUUUGCAAGCUCGGACUCAAGGCCAAGAUUCUCACUCACGUACGAUGCCACAUGGACGAUGCCCGAAUCGCAGUCGAGACCGGUGUUGAUGGGCUCGAUGUCGUCAUUGGCACCUCGAGCUAUCUGCGCGAACACAGUCACGGCAAGGACAUGACCUACAUUAAGAACACGGCACUGGAGGUGAUUGAGUUUGUCAAGAGCAAGGGCAAGGAGAUUCGCUUCAGUUCCGAAGACUCGUUCCGAUCAGACCUCGUUGAUCUUCUGUCCAUCUACAGCGCGGUAGACAAGGUCGGUGUCGAUCGGGUCGGUAUUGCUGAUACGGUCGGCUGCGCAUCUCCUCGGCAAGUCUAUGAUCUGGUCAGGACUCUGCGUGGUGUCGUCUCUUGCGACAUCGAGACUCACUUCCACAAUGACUCGGGCUGCGCUAUUGCAAAUGCCUACUGUGCGUUGGAGGGAGGUGCGACGCAUAUCGACACCUCGGUGCUCGGUAUCGGCGAGCGCAACGGCAUCACACCCCUGGGUGGCUUGAUGGCCCGCAUGAUUGUUGCGGACCGCGACUACGUGCUAAGCAAGUACAACAUUAAAAAGCUCAAGGAGCUAGAAGACUUGGUCGCCGAUCUCGUCGAGGUCAAUAUUCCCUUCAACAACUACAUUACUGGAUUCUGCGCCUUCACCCACAAGGCCGGCAUUCACGCCAAGGCCAUCCUCAACAAUCCUUCGACGUACGAGAUUAUCAACCCCCAGGAUUUCGGCAUGUCCCGCUACGUACACUUUGCCAGCAGGCUUACAGGAUGGAACGCCAUCAAGAGUCGUGCGGAGCAGCUUGGCCUGCAGAUGACGGAUGCGCAAUACAAGGAGUGCACUGCCAAGAUCAAGGCCAUCGCCGACAUCCGCAAGAUUGCUCUGGAUGACACGGAUGCCAUCAUCAGCACUUACCACCACAACUUGCACGCCAAGGAGGAUGUUCCUCUUCUACCUGGCAUGACCGCAGAGGAGCAGAAGAAGUUUGACGAAGCCGAAAGGGAGCUCAACGGCGAGAAGGAGAAGAGGCAAUUGGACGCCAAGGCAGAUGCGGAUGCUGAGGUGCCUGCCAACAAGAAGACAAGGACUGCUGUUGUUGCAUAA